GACGCUUAUGGUUGCUCGUUUCAGAAUUUUCAUAUAAGUCUUCUGAUGGUGUUCCGGUCACUCUAAUCCAGUAGGGUUAAAACAACGUACAGUUUUUCGUUUGUCGCGUUUUGAUUUUGUAUAUACUUGAAACGAAACACGCUUAUAUUUUUUGUAUAAGAAGGCGCAUGUAAAUAUUACAUUUUUGUGGAAGCACGUUUUCACUUAAGGCAGAAAUCCGACUAUACUAACAGGAUCAGGAGUAAAUUGUUAUAUUUUGUCAUGUAAUAUCAUCAACAAAGGAUCCCAAUACAAUAAAAAACCAGUGCCGACCAUUGUGCUUCAGUGUGCCUUGUUCAAGGAACCUUAUUCCCGAGCAAAAUAUUGGAUUUCCACGACCAUGCACAAGGAAAAAGUUACAUGUACACAAAACGUUAAAAAUGUAAUCAACAAAGAUCACAAAUUAAAUGGAAGCUCAAAUGAAAGUACAACUAAAACAGUGAGUUUAAUCAAUAAAAGAGAUGAUAGAGAAGAAUAUGACCUUGUGCCGCCUGAUGGCGGAUGGGGUUGGCUCGUGCUAUUGGGAUCGUGCUUAACCAACAUCCUUAUUCCUGGCACUAUCAAAAGUUUUGGAGUAUUAUUUUCGGAAUUCACUGAAGCCUUUAAUUCUUCACCCACAAAGGCUGCUUGGAUACCCGCUCUGUGCUAUUUUCUUUAUAGUUCAUUGGGACCCGUUUCGAGCAUACUGUCUGUCAAAUACUCCUAUCGUACAGUCACUCUUCUUGGUGGAGCGUCUGCAUCGCUUGGAAUGAUUCUUUCCUUCUGGGCAUCAUCUAUUGAGUACUUGUAUAUUAGCUAUGGCGUUUUAGUGGGAAUUGGGGCUGGUCUCUCUUUUCCGCCGACAGUUUACAUUGUGACAUCGUAUUUUGCAAAGCUACGCGGAUUGGCUAACGGCCUGUGUAUCUCGGGCAGCGCGUUGGGCAGCAUAAUUCUUCCGCCCCUUCUACGAUGGUUACUAGAGACAUACGGCUAUCACGGGUCCUGCCUAAUCAUGGGAGGCAUUACUUUGAACGUAUUUGUAGCUGCUCUUUUUUAUGAGCCAGUUGAACAGCACAUGAUACGACUACCCCGUGCACGUCAAGCUUUAAAUGACAUUCCUGAGGAAGAAGAUAUUGGCAUUGUGAUGAAGUUUGAAAAUGUCGAGGAGUCUGUUCCUAACAACGAGCAGACUUGCAAGCAGUUAUUGCCUUACAACUCUCCUCCUUCUCCGCUAUAUCUUCCGGACGAUGAAAAGCUGCAAUUUGUGCGGAGCGCAUCGGCAGCAGUUGUACAAAGCUACUCCAAGCCUGGAGACGAGUUUCAACCUCGAUCUCGUAAGAUUAGUACCCCGGUGAGGCUUCCUCAAAGGAAUCAGACAUUUACGCCUGGCCAAUUAAAUUCACAGUCUUCCUUGUACGCGGUUCCCGAGGGCCGCUCUAGCUCAAACAAACUCACUCUGAGGAAUUCAUCCAAAUCGAGACUUUCCAAGCGCUCGCCCUCGACCAGCAGUUUUCUAUAUGUCAGCACCCCAUAUCACGGCAGCACAUUAUCUUUCCAGCCAAAGGAAUUUUCUUCGCAUUUAUCGCUUCGGUCAGUAGGCAGUAAUGGGGCGGCCACUGCUGGCGACUUGUCCGGGUUAGAAGGAAGGCAAGCUGCCGAAAUUCGGGGCAAGGUCCCACCCGCUCAACGAUCGAAGUUUUUCGAUCUAAGCUUGUUUAAAGACCCAAUAUAUUUGGUCAUACUUAUCUCAAACUCGACGAAUGCUAUUAGUUACACGAAUUUCAUCAUUUUACUGCCCAGUUUUGGAGAAGCCAGGGGUUUUACCAAAUCAUUAUCUGCAUAUCUGCUUUCAGUUGUCUCUGCCACAGACCUUAUUGGACGAAUAGGGGGAUCAGCUUUAUCGGAUAUGGGAUAUAUUCCCAAGACUUGGUACUUUGUCGGAGGCUUGUCCAUAUCAGGUCUUUCCCUUGCGUUACUACCUUUUGCAUGGUCCUACAGUUCUGUUUGUUUCUGGUGUGCACUUUUUGGGCUCGCUUCAGGAAUUUACGUGGGAAUUACUGCUGUGAUUAUGGCAGACAUGCUUGGUACAGAACGUCUGACAUCAUCCUAUGGUAUAAGCCUUUUCGUAAAUGGUUUGUUGCAGUUGGUUGGACCGCCACUUUGCAACUUUUGGUUUGAGGCUGUCAAUGAUUAUAAUCCCCUCUUUCACGCCCUUGGUCUGACGUUGUUGGCCGGGGCUAGCCUUUGGAGUUUUAUGCCAUGGAUUAAUAGACGCAAAGCCAAAACGGAAGAACAAGAAAGGGCUGAAAUCAAUGAAGAGGCUGUCAAUAGCUAUUAAACGGAAAAUAAUCGUAUUAAUCGACGUAAAAUAAAAAUUAGAUUUUAUGAGAAAAUUGGCGCACAAACAGUGAUGAAGUCACGUGUGCGGCCUUUAACGGACCGAACUACAAAACAGCACUUAUAUUUUCAAAACAAUAUAUUUAUUUUCCUUAAAAAUUCUUUUUUAUAUAACUGCUUAAGGAAAUCUAUUAUAUUGUAUAAUAUUAAAAUUAUUUUUUAUUUAAUACAAAUAUUAAUAGUCUAGGCCGCAUAAGAAAUCAAAAUAAUGAAAGUGUUGAAGGAAAUGUAUCGAUUUUAUUACUAUUUUUUCUAAAAAUAUGCAAACCGAAAUUAUCAAAGACUAAAUGAAAAAAUCGGAAAAAUAAAAACGAUUAAAACAAACAAAAACUGUUACAUUCUCCCUUCAUUCCAUGUGUAUUUAUUCAUAAAGAGAAUUUAUAUAAAACUCGUUAAUGCUUUAGGAGCUGCAGAGAGUUAGAAGUAUGUAGAUACUAUAGAAAACAGUCUAUUAUAGUCCGAACAAAGUACCCUGAAAGGCUCAUGCACGUCAUAAUUAGAUCUACAAAGAUUUAAAACUAAAGGAGCAUAAUUUCUAGUAAAUCUACUUGGAACCGAGAAAUUUAGUCUACUUAACAAGUAAGCACUGUCAAUAAACAAAGUAUCAAGCAUC